CGCGUAGAGGCGAUACUUGGCCACGCUCCUGAGUGACCUUUGGCGAGCUGAUGCUAGUCACAGGUGGAUCAAGCAUGAUGACGUCUGAGCCAUCUGAUGCCAUGCUGUCUGCCGUGAUGACGGGAUCAAUCGUCGCACUGACCAGCCCGAGCUAGUUGAGCAAGUGCUUGAUGCCAACGCGACGCGCGAGAGUCCCAGUCGCUUGAAGGCACCUACUUGGCUCGUCAAGAGCACCUUAGCGUGUCCACUGCUGCUCCAGCUCUUCGGCGGAGCUCAGCGGUGAGUCCUAUACCAGUUUGAGCAGUCCUGCGGCAGCCAAAUCCGUCUUUGCUACCUCGCAAUCGGUCGUUCGUCGCUACUUCCGCCGGACAGGAAGAGAAUUUGAAAAGCGCUCGUUUGCCGCGUUCUCGCAACUCGAAAAGGACACCUACGCGCCUCACCUGACGAGAUGGACCGAUUCCUGGUCCGCAAGGAUGGCACGGCUUAUACACCGCCUGCAAGCAAAGCGGGACCCUCUACGCCUAGCAAGGCAUCAGCCAGCGGCUCACAGUCUGCAAGCAAAUCGCCCGCAAGGGGGGUGCGCCAAUCGGUCUCUCAAUCGCCGACAGCGACGAGGAAGCCUUCCAAGAAGGUGACAGCUCCUCAGGGUCCGAUGAAUGUGGCCAUCAUAGACAAGUCCAAUGGUGCUGUUGAGAGGAAGAGGCCUGUCCUUGCGGCACAGGCACAGCCGUGGGUAGAGAAAUACCGUCCAAAGACGAUUGACGAUAUCUCUGCACAAGAGAACACCGUCAGAGUCCUCCGAAAGUCUCUCGAGAACGCCAACCUGCCGCACAUGCUGUUCUAUGGACCACCCGGCACAGGCAAGACCUCCACCAUCCUGGCUCUAGCAAAGCAGCUCUUCGGACCCGAGGCUUUCAGGACGAGAGUGCUCGAAUUGAACGCGUCCGACGAACGAGGCAUCACUGUCGUGCGCGAGAAGAUCAAGAACUUUGCAAAGAUCGCCAUCUCGCCUGCCGUUGGUGACUAUCCUUGCCCGCCUUAUAAGAUCAUCAUUCUCGAUGAAGCCGAUUCGAUGACGCAAGAUGCUCAGUCUGCUCUGCGUAGGAUAAUGGAGAACUACUCGAAGAUCACGCGCUUCUGUCUGAUCUGCAACUAUGUCACAAGAAUCAUCGAGCCUAUCACCUCGCGUUGCAGCAAAUUUCGCUUCAAGCCGCUCGACACGACGAAUACGCAGAAGCGACUCGAAUAUGUCUGUCAGAAAGAAGAAGUGCAGUGCGGCGAAGAGUCCGUACAAGCGCUCAUCAGAUGCAGCGAAGGAGAUCUACGCCGUGCGAUUACGUAUCUACAAUCAGCUUCGCGUCUCUACGGCAAGGAUAAGCCAGUAGACCCAGUAUCGAUCCAAGAAAUCGCAGGCGUCGUUCCUGACCCGGUCAUCAAUAGCCUCGCACGAGAUCUGGGUGUUGACGUGCCGGAAUCUGCAGCAGAAGCAAAGGCGGGCGAAGACAACGAUUUGAUGCAAGUUGAUCCGAAAAAGCCCAACAAGACGGGCGGCUUUGAUGCUGUCAACGCAGCCGUUACUCGCGUUGUCAGACAAGGCUACUCUGCGACGCAGCUUCUCUCGCAGCUACACGACGUCUGCAUCUUCAAUGUCUUGCUAUCGAAGAGAGCCAAGUCGGCUAUCGCAAUGGCGCUCGGAGAAGCAGACAAGUGUCUGACAGACGGUGCGGACGAGCACCUACAGAUCCUGAACACUUGCCUGCGCAUUCGUGCUGCAGUCUCUCGAGGCUAAAGCUGCGGAGCCCAAAUGUAUGUUGUAAGCUCAUCGUUGCAAUACGUCGGUACAACGAGAGCAAAGCUCCUCUUGCUCUUGUCGGGCGAAAAGCCAGCAUCUUGGGCAUUUGGUGAGUGGCGCGGAUUGCACAUGGAUGCCAACUCCGAGAUGCACACUGGACAUAAUCCAAGCAGGCGCAUGCACUGGCUUCAUGUCACUCAACGCAGAGACGAUGCAAAGGCGCUCGAGAUCGCGGAGAUGAGCCAGCAGGAAGUCGCGAUCUGAGUGGUCCUGCGGGAUAUCGAGCUGAACAGACGCCUCGACUGAGCUGCCGACAUACUUCGCCUGUCUAGCUAAUUCUAACUGAUAGAGAAUCGCAUCGCGCAAGGGCAUAAGCUUUCCGAGCGUCGCUUUUGCCUCGCCGUCCUGGCAUUGUGAGCU